AUGGUUCGCCGUCAACCGGAGCUCCGGCGAGUGGCAACAAACACGGACCAGCAGUGGCAAAGAAGCAACCACCGCUGGUGCGGGAGAAGCGAGAGGGCAUGCGACUCGCUAGCGUCGGGGUCGGGCUGUGGCGGUUGCAACGCAACAGCGGCUUCUGGUCAAGCUCGUCGCGGGCUUUGUGGGGGCAGCUCAGGCGCAACAACUCAUGAGGGAGAGCUGGUGGACUCGGCGGAGCAACGAGCAGAGGCGGAUGCUAGUUGCAGAGGCCGGCACGGCGACCAACGGCAGCGGGCGGAGCAGGAGCAGCAUCAGGUGGUCGCGGGUCGGUGCGGGCUACAGGCGAGGGGACCGGCGGAAGCGUGGCGGAGCAGAGGCGGAGGCGUGGCGGUGCGAGGCGGAGGCGUGGCGGUGUUCGCACGGGGUGACCGGUGUCGGGCGGCGGGGUCGGAUUGCGCACGGCGAGCGCACACGGGAGCGAGACUCACGCGAGGCGACGCUGGGGGGAGUGUCACGGUGGGCUUAGCGGCGGCGGUGGUGGGCGAAGCUGCUGGUGCUCGCGGCUGCGGAGGUGUUGCUUGCGAAGCGGCGGUGGCGGGCGGAGACGGUGGCGCGCUCGGAGACGACGAACGGGGGCUCGGCCGCUGCGGGUUACGGGCGGAGCGGAAGCAGCGGUAG